AAUUCAUCGAGCAUGACUUCUCCGUCAAGCUCUGAAUCAUCAAUGAAAACAUGGUUUUAUUUCUGCUAGCUUCUAUCGUCUUCUUCCCUUCUUCGUCCUUUAAAAAAUUGAACACUGUUACCAGGGCCAUCAUUGGGGAACUCUGCUUUCCCUCCAGAGGCGUAUUUGGAGAUCACAAUUUUGUUUUGUCGGGGCCGCAAUGACGACCAGAAAGGUGAGAAGAUCAAACUCAUACAGGAAAAUUCUAAUGCAAAGGCAAAUUCAGAAUCAGAGGGAAUGAAGCUUGAAGGCAAUGCAGUGAUGAUCUCAAUAGGACUAACCGUAGGCGCUCCUCUUCCUUUGAAGCUCCCCGGCAGCUAUCCGGGGUCCAUCGGAUUCAAUUCCAACGGGAUUAAACUUGUGUUUGGAUUGGAAAAAGAAGACUGGGGAAAAUCAAAGAAAGUGAUAGAAGCAUCAAACGCAGAAGCAGAUUUGGAGGAAGCAGGGGAAACGGCGUUGCAGGGCGGUGGUGGCGAAAGCAAAUAUGUUGGAGGCGGGUUCGAAGGAAUCGAGGUUGUUAAGAGGAAGAUGAGGCUGCAAAAGAUUAGGAUGAGGAUGGAGGUGAGGAGGAAGAUGGAUCUGGUGAGGAUGCUGAACAGUAAGGAGAUAGGAAAUGAGAAAGAGAGAGAGAAAGAAAGGGCUGGGCUGGGUGCUUAAUGGAAAGUAAUUGCUGGGUUGUUGCUGGGUCAAUCGAAGGAACCCAACUCGAAGCAUGUUCUCAAUCGCUUCUUUUCUCCCAUAAUAUGCAAUUCCUAGUACGCAAUCGAGGUUGCAACUUGAAUCGAAAUGUUUUCUGAGCGCAAGAGGUUGAUGAUUC